UUAGAGAACCAAUCCCAACGCGCGGAGCGAGAGUGACGACCUGGAGUUGGUUCGCACCCGUACCCCUGGCGUCGGAGCGCUGGAUGGAGCGCUCCCUGCCGACCGCGGGGGCAGCAGCUGGGCCCGAGUUCCCGAUGGAGCCUCUAGGAAACCCGCUCCGGGAGCCCGAGCGGCCGCCGGACCCUGCCCAGGUGCCUGGGCCCGAGAGCCCGCAGAGCAGUCCGGGGCCGGGCCGGGCCGGGAAGGAAGCGGCGGACUCGGACCCCGCGGGCGGAAAGAGGCUGCCCUCGCCGCGCCCCGCGCUCCUGCGGGUGCCGCCGCCCAGCUUGGGCUACGGCGCCUUCCGCCGCCAGGUGUCCGCCGGCCCCGAGCCGCCGCCGUCGCCGGGCUCCGCAGCGGCCGAGCCGGGUGCCGAGCUGGUGCCCUGGGCCGCCCCCGGGGAGCAGGGAUCCUGGGCCCCGAUGGAGCUGCAGGUGGACGUGCGCGUGACGCCUGUGGGCGCGGCUGGGGGCAGCCGUGCGCCCUCGCCCGCGCCGUCCACGCGCUUCCUGACCGUGCCGGUGCCCGAGUCCCCCGCCUUCCCCCGCCGCGCGGCCCCCGGCUUCCCACCGCGCCCGCGCACCCUGUCCUCGGGCAGCACGUGGGGCCGCGGGACGCCGCCGGGGGGCUUGCGGGCGGAGCGCGGGCCAGACGCCGAGGGGUGUCCCGAGCCCCCGGGCUCCCCGGGGGUCCGCUGCCGCUGCAAGGAGCUGGGGCUGGAGAAGGAGGACUCGGCGCUGCUGAGCCCCGGCGACCGCGACAAGCUGCCGCGCGCGAUCAAGCUCGUCGGGCUGUCCAUGUACAUGCGGUCCCUGCAGUGCGCCCUGGCCGUGCUGGCCGUGCUGCUCGCCGUGUCUGCUGUGGCCAUCGUGGCGCUGGCCUCCAGGGCAGGGGCCCAGUGCCGCCCGUGCCCCCAGGACUGGGUAUGGGCCAGGGAGCACUGCUACUACUUCUCAGUCGAAGAAGGGAGUUGGGAGGCCAGCCAGAGCUUCUGUGCCGCCCAUCAAGCCACCCUGCCCCAGCUGAGCCACACACAGGUGGGGGCCAGGAGCUUGACCCUGAGUCCUGGCACAUGGUAUCAUGUGUUCAGUCAGGACUUCCUGGGCAGAUACCCCCUCACCAAGGACUCCUGGCUGGGCGCCCAGCGAGGCCCCCAUGGCUGGCACUGGAUGGACGGGACCCCCCUGCAGCCCCAACUAUUUCCAGAGGAGGACGAGGACAAGCCGGAUACCAGCUGUGUGGGCCUGUGGGGGGGCCAGCUGGCUGCUUUGGACUGCACCUCCCCCAGACGCUGGGUCUGCGUCAAGGGGGGCCCAUGAUUUGUGUUCUGGGGUCCUGAGCCUGCAGCCUCCAUGCCCCAGGGGGCCCAGCUUCCAGCUAGGGCAGCCUCAUGCCCAGAGCAGGGGGUCCUGGCCCUGCCCACCUAGGUAAGCCUGGUGGGGGUGGGGGGACUGGCCUGUCACUUCCUAGAGCCUUGGGGCAUCCUUGGUAACAGGCUACACCCAACAAUGGACUCUGGAAGCCAAGAGGACCCACUGCUGGGAAUCCCAAGUGCCUGUGACUGAGGGAGACAUGGCAGAUGACACCAAGUGACAGCUUCAGCCAGAAAAAGGUCUUUGUGGUUGCAGGCUAGCCACUGCUUUGAGGACACAGUGACCACCCGCCCCCCCAGGGCCUGCACGUCAGCACAAGGAAGCCCCAAAAUGGCCCAGCCAGGGGGGUUGCUGGGACUCUUUCUGGGUGUGAACAACAAACCCCGAUUCCCAAGAGCCCGGGGCUGAUGGGUUCCUGGAGGGAGCUCCUCAGGGCCUGGGGGGGCUCUCAUCACUGUCUGCAUUUGCUCCCUGCCUGUCCAUUCUAUUGAUUCUCUAAAAUGCAGCGUGCUGGAAAUUGGGGGACAUGUGUGCAAAUGAUCUCAAUAAAGGAGGUUUUAUUUUAAUAACUA